GAGUUUAGAAGAAAGCAGGAAAAUGAAUUCCAGGUGAAUGCGUGAGCUCACCAGCUUCUGUACAGAUCAGAUUUAUCAAGAGCAUUACCAGAAACAGUGGGGCAGAUGAACAGUCUUGGGUUGUUGUGUUUCUUCUGUGUCAAGCUUCUAUUCCAGAUCUCCUGUGCAGAGAACCCUGAUGUAUCCAGAUGGAUCCAAGAUGACCAUAUUAUCCUGAUAGUUCUUGUUGUUAUGGUCUCCAUUCUCAGCCUCCUUGCCAUUGUGUUCCUCUUUUGCUACUGUGCAGGACGCCACUCAAAAGAUCCUGAAAGAGGGAGACUCAUCAAUAAGAAUGAAGAAAAUGUGGCUGUAGUAUCAGAAAAUGAUGAUAAGGAGAAAGAAGACAUGAGGAAAAGAAUUGACUUCCUGGAAAAAUGUUGUUGUAGAGGCUUCACUUCUGGGAAACACUAUUGGGAAGUGAAUGUGGGGAAGAAAAAUAACUGGGAAUUGGGACUAGCUUCUGAAGCAGUGGGUAGAAAAGGGACAUUGACUCUCUGCCCUAAGAAUGGCUUUUGGGUCAUAGCACUAGCUGAUGGGAGAGACUAUUGGGCCCGCACUGAGCCUUGGACACGACUGACUGUGAGGAAGAAACCGCAAAAGAUUGGGAUAUUCCUGGACAUCUUGAACAGGCAGCUAUCAUUCUACGAUGUCCACAGCCAAAUUCCUAUGUACACUUUCACCAUCACUGAGGGUGAUGGUAGGAAAGGGAAGCUCUAUCCCUUCUUCUCCACGGGUAUCACUACUGCAAGGCCAGAUCCUGAGCCACUGAGAUUAUGCCCUAAAGAAGAGUAG